AGCAGCAGUGCUCAAGUCCGGCACCUAAUCCCCCCGGCACACGGACCCACUCCGCGCAGGCAUUUUGCUUCCCGCCCGAGGUUCACUCGUGUCGUGACUUUGCAGAUGAGGCGACAGACAGUAUCCUUGGAUACUUGGUUCAGGUAUUAUGGUUUACUGCCGCCCCGCGAGCACCUUUUGCUGCGGCUGCACGGUCUAUGCUGGCGUUCAGGCGACCCUCUUCAUCCACCUUUCCGUGCGCCUCCACCAGAAAAAGGCCCGUCUGCACCGGCAGAUGCAACCUGGGCCACAACCGGCGAUUUCACGACCGAGGUCUUCGUGGCCGGGUUCGCUCUCACGGGCUUGCCGAUCAUCGUCCUCGCAGUGUGGGGCCUCUGGAACAAGAGGGAGGUCCUCCUGCGGCUCUACUUUGGCUACUUCUUCCUCACGAUCUUGCGCCUCGGACCGCCCAACGGCGGAGGCCCAGCGGCAGUCGAGCAGCCGCCCACGACAGUCCGCUGCGCGCACGUGAGCAGCCUCUCGGCGGGGCGGCGCCCUCGGUGCGCGGCCUUCGGGUGGGACAUGAGCUUCGAGGUCGAGGAGUUCCUCCUCGAGGGGAUGAACUGCAACACGAUGCCGUCCGUCCUGAUGCAGAUCGGUAAGUCCUGGGCCUGCGGCGCCCUGCGCAUCACCGACUGCGUCGUGGUCCUCGGCUCCCUCGCCCUGCAGGCGUACCUGCUGUACAACGUGUGGUCGCAUUGCGAGGACCUGUCCGAGGCGGGCGGCGGCUUGCUCGGGGACCUCAUGGUGGGCGAGGCGGCGCUUGCCCGCAAGAAGAAGAUGGAGGACCCGUACGAGGCGUUCCUGGAUCACACGGGCGACGUCCCAGAAGGGUAUGGCGCCGUCCCGGCGACGAAGGGGGGCUCGCAGCAGAUUUUUGGCGGCAAGCUGCACGAGAUGCGCUUCCCGCCGCCGCCGCCCUCGGCACGAGCCUGGGGACGCUAGUGGGCGAGCGCUGGGCCCGCGGCGCCUCUGCGCGGCGGGCUCCCGCCCAUGGAAGAAAAAGAACGCAG